GGGAUUCGACCCUGAGGCCAGAGCCCAAAGGAGUGGGCAGGAGGGACAAGCAGGCAGGCAGACAGACAGACUCACCCUCUCUCACUCUCUCUCUCUCACUCACUCACACACACACACACACACUCAUUCACUCACUCACGCCACAUAGAGACAGAGAGAUUGAGAGAAGCAGAGAGAGUGAGAGACACACACAGAAAGAGACAGAGAGUGAGAAGAGAAGAAAAAAAAAGCCUGCAAAUCCUCAUUCCCCAUCGCUCAGUACUGUAUUUUUAUCUGUGCGUGAACAGUCCUCCUCCACACGUUGCCUGCCUGUCACCGCACCCUCUGAGGGGAAGGGGAGGGGAGAGAAGGGGAGGGUAGAGGGGAAGGAAAAGGAGGGAGGCGAGCGGGGGAGCAGAGCCCCAGGAGGAGAAGAACAGCUCAGGACCCACAGGCUCCUCCGGUUCCCCAGACCGCAGAGGCAAGAGGAGAGCCAUCCCCCUCAACCUCUCCGUCCCCACCAUGGAUCCCAAAGAUCGAAAGAAGAUUCAGUUCUCCGUGCCUGCGCCCCCGAGCCAGCUAGACCCUCGCCAGGUGGAGAUGAUCCGCCGCCGAAGACCAACCCCGGCCAUGUUGUUCCGUGUUUCAGAGCACUCUUCUCCAGAGGAAGAGGCUUCCCCCUAUCAGAGAUCCUCUGGUGAGGGGCACCACCUCAAGACCAAGAGAUCCAACCCCUGUGCCUACACUCCCCCUUCUCUGAAAGCUGUCCAGCGUAUUGCUGAAUCACACCUGCAGUCCAUCAGCAACCUGAGUGAGAACCAGCAUUCUGAUGAAGAAGAGGAGGAAGGUGAGCAGGGAAGCCAAUGUUGUCAGCGAGAGGAGGAGGAAGAGGAAGAGGAGGAGGAGGAAGAGGAGGAAGAUGACUCCAGCCAGGCAGAGAUUGUCAAGGGCAGAAAUGAACCUGCUGUGAAGCCGACUUCUUGUGGCCAGGGCCUGGAGGGGCCUUGGGAGCGGCCACCCCCGCUGGAUGAGCCCCAGAAGGAUGGAACCUCUGAAGGCAAGAGAGAGGAAGAAGAGACUGUGCAGAAUGAACCUGGUGAGGGGACCCAGCCUCCUGGUCCUCCUGUCCCUGGCACAUAGACACCCCUGAAUGCUGUUUCCUCCUUCUACCAACAACCCUGGAUACCCCUAAAGAGGGAGGAAGAUGGGGGAACAGCACUGUUUCCCACUCCCUACCCCUACCUCUCACCUGCCAAGGCUGCAGCUUCUGAUACCUAGGAGACCGAGGCUAGUCUAUGUGUUUGCUUGUUUGCCUGUCCCUUUGCUGAUGCCCAGGGCCCCCAGACAAUGCCCAAUGCCCACCCUUACCAUUCAUACUACUCCCUGAUUUCCCCCCUUCCUGAGUUGAGAAGGUGAGGUUGGGCUAGCUUUGAGUCCCAUACCUGUCUUGUCCAAUGCCUCAUGCUGGAGAUUUCAAGGCACUGGACUCAAUAAUUAAACCUCCUACCAUUUCUGUUUCUUGGAGCCCCCUCCUUUUUAGGCAUAGGAGACCCACAGGGCAGGACCCUAAGCCCAGAGUGGGGGGAGAAGCAGAGGGAGAUGAGAUCUCCCCCAUUCCUCUGGCUUCAGGAGCUCUCAGCAUCUUUCCUCUUGAAGGACCCUUUGUAGUCCCUUUCCCCUCAUUUAGCUUUCCCCAAGGCACAGGGCCCAAGUUUCCUCCAUUCCUACCACUUCUGAUGGGGAGCCUAGAUGUCUGAGUCCCUGGGACCCCUUUCCCUCACCCUGAGAUGGUCUGGGGGGAAUUGUGUUUGUUUUGUUUUGCUUCGAUGCCAGGAAUGCAACCUAGCCUAUGUGUGUGGGGAUGUGUACUUCUUCUGGGUGGGGGUGGGACAAGGUUCCCCUCACCCUCAAUCUGCCCUGUUACCCACGUUCCCUUUUCCCUACCUCUGCCAAUGGGCCUGCUCCCCUCCCUUGCUGGAAUAAAGCUUUGUAAAUAAC